AUGGCGUCGUCGCUCGUGGAUCAGAAGUUCCUCGGCCGUUUGGCCAGGACGGUUGAAGCAGACAAUCCCUUGCUGUCAUCCAUGCUGCUCAAACUCCUCGGAUUGUCCCUCAGCCUCGCAGAACAGUUGGUCACAGCCAAGAAACAGCGCCGCCCAGAUCCUGCCAGAAGCCCGAAGUCUUUGGAGCUCAUUCUUCAUAUCAUAUGGCUUUCACGAGAGGGUCUGGUCAUGCUUCAACACGCAGUACUGCCAGGAACGACACCACCCAGAUCCGAUAAGGGCAAGGGACUCGCCAUGGAGGGUGACUGGAACACCUCGCAAAACUCCAUACAGCCCACACAUCCUCUCGAAGGGGGGCCAGUCCAUCCUCCGCCAGGCUUCGCCCCUCAACACAAUGUUGCCGAUCUUCCUGCUCGAUUUUUGAAGGAGCCCAAAAACUUUCUUCCCGAGGCCCAUCAGUACUUCCAACAAGCAAUCGGUUUGGCAGACACGUAUCUUUGGGGUUCCCAUUCAUUACGACUGUCCGUCAAGACAGAAUACGCUGCAUUCCUAUGGGACUGCUUGCACGAUGGCGAAGGUAGCCGCAAGGUCGCCAAGGACGCUAUAGCCGAGGUGUAUGAAGCCUCGGAAGGCAUGGACGACGACAUGUUCACGGACGCUUGCGAACUCGUCACCGUUCUUGGGAGGAUGAUGAAGCGAGGAUUAGGCACAAACAACAUGGGUUCCAGCAACACCUUGAGAAGUCAGCGGGAUACCGCUAGCCCAGCCCAGCCGUUGUAUGCGCAGACGCCUGCCGCAGUGCCGCCCCCGGGGAUGGAGAACCCCAUCUGA